GAGCCUGUACAAUUAGGACUGCGACAUACUGCAACCCGGAAUCCUCUCUAUACCAAGACCCCCCUACAUUUCUGUGUCCGAGAUAGAUCCCACCUUCAUCUAAGACGGGUAUCCAGCAUUUCAUUGGGUUCAAAGAAGACCCGCAUUGCCAAAUGUGCAGAUCUUGCUGGAGCUCUUGUAGAAGUGCUGGUUCUACCACAGGGGGCCUGCUUGCUUCAAUUACUCGCCGCCAGUGCAUUUGGGAAUACUGUGUGCAAUGUGGUUCAUCGAGGCAAAGAUGAUGAAGAGGUGGAAGAGGAAGACGGACUCGGCGCGUUGCUGCAGCGCUCAGAUGAUGCGGUUGAGGAGCGCUUGCGCCGCGUGCUGCGCAAGGGUAUCGGCAGCAAAGACUUUGAGGCAAUGGAUGAGGUUGAACUCCAAGCCGUAGCUGAGCAGGAAGAGAUCGCCAAUGUCAUCCAAACCAUUGGUGCUUCCGGCAAGUUGGCUCUUGCCUGGGUCUUCAUAAAGAAGCUGGGUUCCCUGAAGCGGGCCUUCAAGUGGUUUGACACGAGAAAUACCCGCAAGAUACCGCAAGUGGUCUGGGACACAGGUUUCCAGCUGCUGCACAUUGACGCCGAGAGACUGACAGGUUGGAGGCCUUUUGACAUCUUUAAGCAGAUCGAUACGGAUCCGAGCGAUGGGACGAUCUCGUACAAGGAGUGGAAUAACUUCUUUGCAGAUGCAGCCAAGACCAUCGCUUUGGAGAUGGAGUCGCUUGGGGGAAUCGACUUUGAGCAGCAGGUGAAGUUACGGCGACACAACCUCAAGAUGAUGAGAGACAGACGAAGGGGGAAGAAUGGGAGAGCAGAGGACUCGUGGUUAGAGGAUCUUUCAGAGAAGCAGGCCAUGAAGCAGCAGGAGGAGGAGUUUACGAAGCGGGUGCGCAGCAAGCUGAAGUCAAUCGGAGAGGGCCAGUCCUUCUUGUUCGGCCGAGAAUGGCUGUGCACAGCGGAGGAAGCGCUCCUCCUGCUCACGCCACUGAAGCGCAGCGACAUCGUCCAGCAGGAGGCCGAAUCACUUCGCUUGUGGUCCAUCCCCUCUCCAGCUUUGAUCGAUGUCCGGGAGAUGCUUAAGUUUCGGCCAGGACUCACGAGCCAGGACCAGAAGCCUCCAGAGUACAGCUUGCAGCCUGUCAUGGAGAUGCCGCAGGACAAGACGAAGGCUGACAAGAAUGGAGAUCCAGGCAGCAUUCUCGUGACGAAUCUCACUGAGUUCACGCAAGAGAUUCAGGAGAAGCUCAAAGACAUACCUAUUCACUGCAGCGAGGAGUUUCCAACCUCGCUCUCGGACUUGCAACGUGGUGUCGUGAAGCUCAUUGCGCAACGAAUGGGGUUGGUUGCAGCCGUUGAGACGAUAGGUGCCCUGUUGCAGAUGACCGUGUUCAAUGUCAGUGGGGACUUCGUCAAGGACAUGCAAAAGCAGCUUGGCGAGCUGGAGGAAGGUCAGGGAAUGCGGCUCUCCAGGGAUCUCUCCGAGGAAGAGCGUCAUCUGGUCAAAGCCAUGGCAGCGGAAAUGGGCUAUGCUGUCAGCGAGACCUCGAUGGGUAUCGAGGUGACAAACCUUCGCGCAUACGCGAAGCAGAUUCGUGAGGAGUUUUCUGAGCUCGGAGUUGGAGAGACACGGAGGAUCGCGCUGUCAAGCUCCACAGACGAGCAAUUGGUAAUGCUGCAGAAGGUGGCUCAAGAGCUUGGCUUGGACUGGGAUGAGGAAGGUCAGCGCCGGCAGAGGACCGCCACUGUGGGAAAUAUGGUGCAUUUAGUAGACGAGAUGAGGGAGAAGCUCACCAACACGACAACACCAGGCACUGUGCUCUCCUUCAUUCUUCCUCCCACAGAACCGCAGCAAGACACAUUCUUCGAGAUGGCGCAGAACUACGGCUUUGAGUGCAUCAGCAAAGAAAACACGGAAAAAGGUGUCCGGGCGUAUCUCCGUCGCCUUUCGUUUGAGCGCACCUCGCUUGCCGCAAGGCGGCGUCGAAAUAGCAUAUCAGCGACCACGCCAAAGGGAGAAGGGAUGCAGCUUGGCUUGGGCGAAACGGCACCGCUCGAUCCGCUGGAAAAGGAUGCUCGCCCGGACGAUGAUGGCCUGAUGGAGGACAGUGGGCUGGAGGAAGAGUCGGAAGAAGAGGCGCAGGAGCCGCAGGAAGUGCCGGAGGCAGAGGAAAGCGCGGAGGAGGACUCCCCGGAGCCUUCAGAGCUAAAAGAGGAUGACCUGAGCGAGUUGUUGCUCAUGCGAGGACUGCAGUCAGGCGAAGACCACCUCAUCCCGCGAGUGUUCCGCCGCUAUGCUUCUGGCAAUUGGCGUGGCAAAGUGUUGUUCCUGCGAUAUGGAGAUGUCAAGGACUUCGCCGAAGAUCUUAAGUAUGUGACACCCAACGUCGACACGAGAUUAUAUCGCUUCACAGGCAUGUUCGAGUAUCUCUUCGAGGAUACGCUGCAGCUCCAAAUUGACAUGGGUGUGCGAGUCGGGCAGGGUCUGACAAUUGAAUGGUUCCAGAUCUUCUUGCAGAAAGUCAUUGCACGGCUGGGCAAACAAUUUGUGCCUGUGCUCUUCCAGCUCCUCGAUGAAUGA